CUUUUCCUUGGUUGAGCUUGAAGUAACGGUUAUAAGCAAAUACUGCGACCAUUUCCACUCGGAGUGCUUCUCAUCGCUAUAAGGAGAAGACAGAGCGUUCUUCUGAGAUUCCCAUUUCGGCCAUGGCUGCUCGAAGGCUUUCCUCUUUGCUUUCUCGCUCUCUAGCUACUUGUCUGCUUCAGUCACCAGGAAGAACCUGUGGUAGGUGGAGUAAGUUCAACAGAUUUAGCACUGCAGCAGCAGCUGAGGAAUUAAUCACUCCCCAAGUUCCGAUAAAUUACACACAGCAUCUAAUAAAUGGCCAAUUUGUCGAUGCUGCUUCAGGGAAAACUUUUCCAGCAUAUGAUCCUCGCACAGGAGAAGUGAUUGCUCAUGUUGCUGAAGGCGAUGCUGAAGACAUCAACCGUGCAGUGUCAGCAGCUCGCAAGGCCUUCGAUGAAGGACCUUGGCCAAAAAUGACCGCUUAUGAGAGAUGUCGGAUAUUGCUGCGAUUUGCUGAUUUGGUUGAGAAGCACAGCAAUGAGCUUGCCGCUCUAGAGACAUGGAACAAUGGGAAGACUUUUGAACAAUCAUUCAAGUCUGAACUACCAAUGUUCGUGCGUCUGUUUCAUUACUAUGCUGGUUGGGCAGAUAAAAUCCAUGGUCUGACAGUUCCAUCAGAUGGAAACUAUCACAUGCAGGUGUUGCAUGAGCCAAUUGGUGUUGCUGGACAAAUUAUACCUUGGAACUUUCCUCUUAUUAUGUUUGCUUGGAAAGUUGGCCCAGCUUUAGCUUGUGGUAAUACCAUCGUUCUCAAAACUGCAGAGCAAACUCCCCUAACUGCUCUCUAUGUGGCAAAACUACUGCACGAGGCUGGUCUUCCCCGUGGUGUUUUGAAUGUGGUUUCUGGGUUCGGUCCAACUGCUGGUGCAGCUCUUGCAAGUCAUAUGGAUGUGGACAAGCUAGCAUUCACUGGAUCAUCCGACACUGGAAAAGUUGUGCUAGGAUUGGCUGCAAAGAGCAACCUUAAGCCAGUGACAUUGGAGCUCGGAGGGAAAUCACCUUUCAUAGUAUUUGAUGAUGCCGAUGUUGACAAGGCUGUAGAACUUGCCCACUUCGCUCUGUUUUUCAAUCAGGGACAAUGUUGCUGUGCUGGGUCUCGCACCUUCGUACACGAGCGAAUCUAUGACGAGUUCUUAGAGAAAUCAAAGGCACGUGCCAUGAGACGCAUUGUUGGCGAUCCCUUCAAGAAAGGUGUUGAACAAGGCCCCCAGAUCGACGGCGAACAAUUUCAGAAAAUCCUUAACUACAUAAGAUCUGGAAUUGAAAGCAACGCCACCCUUGAAUGUGGAGGAGGCAGAAUCGGUUCAAAGGGCUUCUUCAUCGAGCCAACUGUCUUCUCCAAUGUUCAGGAUGAUAUGUUGAUAGCAAAGGAGGAAAUCUUCGGACCAGUUCAAGCGAUAUUGAAAUUCAAGGACAUUGAGGAGGUAAUAAGGAGGUCAAAUGAUACGAGGUAUGGUCUAGCCGCCGGAGUGUUCACUAAGAGCGGGGACACAGCCAACCAAAUGAUGAGGGCACUGAGAGUGGGAACUGUGUGGAUUAAUUGCUUCGAUGUGUUCGAUGCUGCAAUCCCUUUUGGUGGCUACAAGAUGAGUGGGACGGGUAGAGAGAAAGGAAUUUACAGUCUUAACAAUUACUUGCAGGUUAAAGCUGUGGUCUCGCCAUUGAAGAAUCCUGCUUGGCUCUAAACUCUGAAAAUCCCCCUUUAUGUUCAAAAUCCCCCCCCCCUGUUUUACUUUCUUUCUUCAAUGAUUUGAAUAAUCUGAGUGUGGCCAAGACACGACUUGUAAUUAUGGACUGGAUAUCCACAACUUCGUACAAAAUCGGGGACAAAUAUGAACUUGUUAUGUUGUUGGACCCCCAACUUGCAAAGCUUCAAUUUUAGUCAGUAAUUAAUUAAUGCACGUCUCAA